AUGAUUGAGUCCAUUAGGUGUCUGGAGUUUCUACGAGUGAGUAAAUGUGACAAACUCGUUUCUUUUUCAAUAGAUUUGGGAGAAUUGCCUUGUAUCUCAAUGUUAUGUAUAAGCAAUUGUCUUGAAUUGAGGAGUUUGCCCAAAGGAAUUGGUCGUCUUAACAACUUAAGAUAUUUGGAAUUUGGUAGAUUCUCAAAAUCGAUUGGUUACAACUCAUUCCAAGCCGCUCUUGACAAUAUCCAACAAUCCAAAUCUCUCUGCAGAUUGAAUUUAUAUGGUUGGGAACAUGAGGACUUAUUGCCAUAUCAACUUCAACAUCUUACUUCACUCGAAAGCAUAUCAUUAACUGGUUUUGGAAUUGAAGCAUUGCCAGAGUGGUUUGGGGGUCUGUCAUCUCUUUCAAGAUUAAACUUGAUGGAUUGUCAAAAGCUUAGGCAUAUGCCCUCUAAGGAAGCGAUGGAACGCCUCACCAAGCUAGAACAUUUGUGUUCUUAA